AUGACGAGGCUGCCGAGACGAAGACGGGAGCUCAGCCAGAGGAGAAGGACAGUGGGUGGCUGGGGAGUGGUCUGAACGUGUCUCGCACCGGCAGGGUUUGAGAAGCAUGGCUCCUGUUUGCUUCCACGGUCUGCUCGUUAUAUUGUUAUCAGCGUUUGUCGGGGCCCAGGUUUCUUACCUCGUCAACCCACCGCCCCCUCCUCCCGGAUACAACCGUUGCUGCUACGGCCGCACCACCUUCUUGAAUGGACAGACUGUGACAACCCUGCCCGAGUGUUGCGUCUCCCUCGUGUGCGACAACGGCAAUAUAGAGCCACGCCACUUCAGCAAACCAGGAUCUUCCGGAUGCUGCGAAUUUGACGGACAGAUGUACCCUGAAGGGGCUGAAUUGUCUUCCUACUGCGUGUCGUUAGUGUGCCGCAGAGGGAACUGGACGUACUCCCACAAGAUCGAGGAGUGCUGCAAGUUGUGUAAAGUCUACGACGAUCCGCACUUCUCGACGUUCGACGGCUAUCGCUACCACUGGCACGGGACCUGCAACUACACUAUCACUCAGACCGGCAACAGCCACUACCCGGACAUCGGUGUGUUCAGUGACUUCCGACCCUGUUUCGGCCCCUCUACCACUGCUUCUUGCCUUCAUCGAACGACCUUCAGGAACGAUAAGCACACGGUUAUAACGCUCGACCACACUGAUUCCUCGCUGUUCUCCUUCGCGGUGAAUGGCCACCCGUUCUUCGUGCCCGCUUCUGGCGUCCACCCCGUGCGUUCAUCGGUGACUCACCCCGUGCUCUCCUGGAGGGACGGCAGCUGCGUCUUCUUGGCGGGCUCUUCAAGGAUCCUGCUUCGUUAUUGCCACCACCAACUCUACGUUUGGGCUUACCCGGCUCACACUAACCAGCUGGACGGACUCUGCGGCCAUUUCAACUUCUACCAGAACGACGACAUGACCAGUCGGGACGGGACGGUUCACCCACUCCACCCCUGGCCGGAGGCGUUCCCAGAGUCCUGGAAGACUAACGACCAGACGGACCGGAAGUGUUUGGCGCCGUGCCUGUAUUGUAAAGAAACUACGACUGACCCUUGCCGUGCCUCUGCUCGCGAUAUGGACGCGUUGAAGGCUCGCUGUUCCGCCCUCCUGCACUUUGUCCUCGGGAGAAAUUUGAAUCUACUCCACCACGUAGACACGUGCGCCUGGGACCUGUGUAUGGCCCGCCAGGCAGGGCAGCCCUCCACGGAGCUGGAGCGUUGGCUUUUCGAAGUACUGAAGAUGGUCACUGACUCGAGAUUGAUGGAGGAGAAAACUACUGGGACCUUCACACUGCAGCUUCCCCCGACAACUGGUGUCUGCACGCCCGGCUCCCGCUGGAAGAGGACCUGUAAUUGGUGCACGUGCGGCCCCGGCGGUACAGCAGACUGCAGUCGGAGACUGUGUCCGGCAGGUUAUCAGCACCCUGCCGGCGAGGACGCGUGUGCCGACAAUUCAGUGUGGAUGGCGGACGACUGUAACUGGUGCCACUGCAUCACCGGCGGCCAUAUAUGUACUUACGAAAACUGCACGGGCGGAACAUCAGUGCCCACCCUUCCUUCCGCCCCCACCCUGCCCACGGAACAAGUUUGCUUCUACACCCACGACGCCGGCUCCUGCCACGACAACCAACAGAGAUAUUACUACAACUACUUCUACGGCAGGUGUACCACAUUUUCCUACACUGGCUGUGGCGGCAACGCUAAUAAUUUCCAGUCUGAAGCAGAGUGUUUGACAGUCUGUGGUCACUUAACAGCAGCGACUACGCAGGCCACCACAGCAACGCCACACACUCCUACGCGUCCUCCUCAGUGCAACCUCCAGCCCAACAGUGGCCCGUGCCACGCAGCAUUCAGUCAUUUCUUCUAUAACGCGACUACGGACACCUGCGAGCCUUUCACCUACGGGGGCUGCAAAGGCAAUGGCAACAACUUCGAUUCCAAAGAUACCUGUGUGGCAUUCUGCGGAGCUUCUACACAAGUCACAAUCUUUCCCCCUACAUCGUAUCAGCCUGGCCCAUUACCACCUAGAUGUGUCCUGGUGCCGCAGCCAGGUAACUGCGCUCACGCCCUCGCCAGGUAUUUCUACAGCCGAAGCGAUGGCGCCUGCCUGCAGUUUGUGUAUAGUGGCUGUGGAGGCAACGAAAACAACUUCCAGACAAAAGAAUCUUGCGAGUCCAUAUGCUUGGGCGGUUCAACCCCCUCCACCGCCAGCACCACGUAUCCGUUCACCUCUGGCACGGAUCGCCCACUUCAUUGCUCCUUGCACCCCGAGGCCGGCCCUUGCUAUAACUUCACAGACCGCUUCUACUACGAUCCCGGCACAGAGACCUGCCGGACCUUUAGAUACGGUGGCUGCGGCGGCAACAACAACAACUUCCUGAGCAAGGAUUGGUGCUUGGCGUCUUGCGCCCUGACGGCUUCAACUACUGAGACUGUGUCGACGGAUUUCCCUAUAAAGUGUUACCAAGACACUGAGGUGGGCGACUGCUUCGAGACACUGUGGCGCUGGCACUACAAGUCUUCGAGCCACAGCUGCGAGGUGUUCCUGUACGGAGGCUGCGGCGGCAACGACAAUAACUUCAUCACCAAGGAGGAUUGCGAGGCGGCCUGUGGAGGGCAGACACAGAGUACCACUGAGGUCACUCCAGAUGGAAGUCUGCCGUGCCAUCUUGCAAAGGAUCACGGCCCUUGCUCGUAUAAACUAAAGCGGUAUUACUACAACGGCGAGACACGACAAUGCGAGGAGUUUACGUACAGCGGCUGUGGCGGCAACAAGAACAACUUCAAUAGCCUAACGGAGUGUUGGACCACCUGCGGGUAGUGUGCGUACGAAACUGAUAAAGAGCAAUCCUCUGAAUAAAUGCUUAAAUAAUUACUUAAAUAAUUAAAUGUUUUCAUACCAUUUCUAGUCUUAAGGAAAUGAUAAAGAGCGAUCCUCUGAAUAAAUGCUUAAAUAAU